GCUGUGCUGGCGGGCGGCGGCUCUCCGGUCCGGCUCCUGACCCACCUCCGCCGCUGCCAAGUUACUCACUAGUCCCCGUGUCCGUGCCCCACUCGGCUGGCCCUCGCCCGCCGCCGCUAACCCCCGCCAUGGCCCUGGUGCGGGGCGCCGAUCCGGUGGCGGGGCCCUCCCGCUGGCUGCCCACGCACGUCCAGGUGACGGUGCUGCGGGCCCGCGGGCUGCGGGGCAAGAGCUCGGGCGCGGGCAGCACCAGCGACGCCUACACCGUGAUCCAGUUGGGCCGCGAGAAGUACAGCACGUCGGUGGUGGAGAAGACGCCAGGCUGCCCGGAAUGGCGCGAGGAGUGUUCCUUCGAGCUGCCACCCGGCACCCUGGACGGCCUGCUACGGGCGCAGGAGGCCGAUGCGGGCCCGGCUCCCUGGGCCGCGGGCCCCGCCACCGCCUGCGAGCUGGUGCUCACCACCAUGCACCGCUCGCUCAUCGGCGUCGACAAGUUCCUAGGCCAAGCCACGGUGGCGCUGGACGAGGUCUUCGGCGCAGGCCGCGCCCAGCACACUGAGUGGUACAAACUGCACUCCAAGCCCGGCAAGAAGGAGAAAGAACGUGGGGAGAUCCAAGUUACCAUCCAGUUCACGCGCAACAACCUGAGUGCCAGCAUGUUUGACCUGUCCAUGAAGGAUAAGCCGCGGUCCCCCUUCAGCAAGAUCAAGGACAAGAUGAAGGGCAAGAAGAAGUUUGACCUGGAAUCCGCCUCCGCUAUCCUCCCAAGCAGUGCCCUGGAGGAUCCUGAGCUGGGCAGCCUGGGCAAAAUGGGCAAAGCCAAGGGCUUCUUCCUCCGAAACAAGCUGCGCAAGUCAUCCCUGACCCAAUCCAACACUUCUCUGGGCUCGGAUAGCACCCUGUCCUCUGCCAGCGGGAGCCUGGCCUACCAGGGGCCUGGUGCUGAACUCCUCACCCGCUCACCCAGCCGUACCAGCUGGCUGUCCACCGAAGGGGGCAGGGACUCUGCACAGUCCCCCAAGUUGUUCACCCACAAAAGGACCUACAGCGACGAGGCCAGCCAGGUGCGAGCAGCUCCUCCCCGAGCCCUCCUUGACCUUCAGGGCCACCUUGACACUGCUUCCCGCUCUUCCCUCUGUAUCAAUGGGAGCCACAUUUACAACGAGGAGCCCCCGGAACCCCUGCGGCACCGCAGCUCCAUCUCGGGCCCCUUCCCACCCUCUAGCUCCCUGCACAAUGUCUCCUUCCGGCCCUCUGAGGAGGGGCCUCGGUCGGUAGAUGACUCCUGGGGCAGGGGCAGCCGCAGCACCAGUGGCUCAGAGGCAAUGCUUGGACAGGAGGAGCCAAGCACACAGUCCAAAGUGCUGGCCAUCGGGGCUGGCCACUCUGGCGAGGAGGAGGGGGCCCAGCUUUCAGAGGGGAAGCCAGUCCAGGUCACCACACCCAUGGUGGCCUCCUCUGAGGCCUUGGCAGAGAAGGAGGGAGUCCGGAAGGAGGAGCGGAAGCCCCGGAUGGGCCUCUUCCACCAUCACCACCCAGGCCUGAGCCGAAGCGAGUUGGGGCGACGUAGCUCACUGGGAGAGAAGGGCAGUCCCACUCUGGGGGCCUCCCUACACCACUCUUCCAGCGGGGAGGAAAAGGCCAAGAGUAGCUGGUUUGGCUUGAGAGAGGCCAAGGAGGCAACUCAGAAACCCAGCCUGGACGUGUCUCCUCAGGUAGAACCUGACCCAGCCGCUCUUCCUCACCACCUCCCCUGCUCCCCCUGUGCUCCGGCCCUUGCCACUCCUGCUCCCACCGCUGCACCCAUGCUAAGCACUAACCUUUUUGUAGCUGCCUCCCCUGCUGCUGCCACAGCUGCUGCCACCACCGCCACCCCUGAAGCCACCCAUGAAGCCACCCCAUCUGGAUUCUCGGGUUUCACCAACCCGUUCCUCUCCUCCUUGCAGAGCAGCCCCUUCUUCGAUGAGCUGGUAGCACUCAAAAUACUAAACUGUCCUUCACCUGCUCCCUCUCUCCCCAGUGCCUCAAGGGCCAGCUCCACCCCUCUGGCCUCCCCGGGGAAAGCCCUGACUGAGUGGGAGGACACCUUCAACGUCUUUGCUGCCAGCAGGCUGUGUCCAGAGGCCAGGAGCAAGAUUCUGGCCCCUGCAGGAGUGGGGCUGGAGGCGACUGGGCUGCAGGCCCCAGGCUCCGGGGCUGUGACAGUGAAGGCAGCUGAGACCUGGGGAGACCCUGAGGGAGGAGGAAGAGAUGGGAGCAGCAUGUGGCAGGAGCCCAGGAUGCCUGUGGACUUGGGACUGGACCAGCAGAGUACGGCUGACCCGGAGCCCCUUGGGUUGGUAGGGGCCAGCCUGCCCUCCACAUCAGCCCAGCUGCACCUCAGAGCCUCAGACUCUGAGCCAGGCAGGGAGCCGCCGGCCCCAGGAGGGGAUGCAGGGCAGAGUCCAGCAGACAGCGCGACAUCUCUGUUUAGCUCCCCAGAAGUGAUCAGUGUGUGGGAGAGGCUGCCUGGCCCAGACGACACCCCUGAGACCCAGGAUGAGGAGGCCUCCCGAGGUGAAAGCCAGCUUUUCCAUGAGCUGAGUACGGUCAAUGAUUCCUGGCCUUGGGAUGUGGUCACCAUUUCUCCUGCCACUGAGACAUCCUCACCAGUCCUGCGGGGAGAGUCUGACGAGCUGCCUCCCCCCCAGGAGCAGCCAGAAGCACCAGAAACUGUGAGCCCCAAGGGGAGUGAGAAGCUUCCCCCACAGGAGCUGGAGCCAGAGCCUAAACCCAAGAGUGUGUCGGAGGAGGGGCUGCAGCCCAGCACGCCGCCUCCCAAGCCACCACGUCUCUUCAUACCUGGAAGUUCGCAGGAGCAAGAGGAGGAGGAAGGGAAGGCUGCAGGGAGGCCAAGUAACUGGGGGCCAGAUAUAAAAGAAGAUGCCUUCCCAAGCACACUGGCUCUUGGUCCUCAGGAGGCCAAGGAGGAGGGAGAGAAGCCUGAGUCGGAGGAGUCUGAUGGCCAUUCUUCAGAGACCUUGCUGGGCGAGCCUGGCUCGGAAGAUGCCAUGGAGGAUGCAAGUCCCCCUGUGUCAGGGUCCUGCCUGUCUCUGCCCACCAGUUGCCCUGAGGGCCCUGUCCCCACACCCUACUACUCAGAGAGCUUGGCUCUUCAGAGUCAGCAGAUCUGUAGGGCUCCUGAGAGAGGAGAAGCCCCCGUGGCUCCUGAGGCCCAGAGCCGGGGACCAGCAGGAGAGGAGCUUAGGCCCCUGUCAGUCAGCUCCCAACAGACUGACUUGUGGGCCUCCACCGAGGAGGAUACCUUGAAGCCCUUGUCUCAAGGGAGCCGAGACCCCCCCAGCUUCCCUUCCACAUCCCCUCUGGGGUCCAGGGACUCUUCCAUCCACUCUGGUCCAGAAGAGCUACCCACCCCUCCAGAGCCCACCUUUCCACCACCCACCCUCCCACCCUGGGCCAGCCACCUCCAUGGGGGGCUCAGCCCUCAGUGCUCUUCCCUGCCUGGAGCCUGGCCCCAGGCCUCUUCCUCCCCAACCCCAGGGGAGCCAGCCUCGCCCCCAGGACCCUUUGAGCCCUCCCCCACCGGGGGCUUUCCCGCCCCACUCGGGGAGGACCGCGCUGCAGCCACCCCAGCCUCCCCGCUUGUGCUUCUGCCCUUGGAGACACGGCCAGUUGAGGAGCCACAGCCCAGUGCCAGUCCCCACCCUGUGAAACCCCUCAGUGCUGCCCCUGUGGAGGGCAGCCCCGACAGGAAGUCUGCCCGCUCUAGUCUGAGCACAGCCCUGAGCAGUGGUCUGGAGAAGCUCAAAACAGUCACAUCUGGCAGUGUUCAGCCUGUAGCUCCUGCCCCCCAGAUUGGCCAGGCUGUGGAAACCAAGAUACUGAAGGACUCAGGUGCGCUGGACCAGUCGGCCAAGUACUACCACCUGACACACGAUGAGCUGAUUGGCCUGCUCCUGCAGCGGGAGCGGGAGCUGAGUCAGCGGGAUGAGCAUGUGCAGGAGCUGGAGAGCUACAUCGACCGGCUGCUGGUGCGCAUCAUGGAGACCUCACCCACACUGCUGCAGAUCCCCACUGUUCCCCCCAAGUAACCUUUCCUCCCCACCCCGGGAGGGCUGCUGUGGACCCCCAACAGGCUCAACCCUCCCUCCCUCCUGCUGAGCUCACUCUGACCUGGGGUGGGGUGCAGUGUGCUCAUCACUCCUUGUUCCCCUCUCCCUCCUGCUCAACUGGAGCUGCUGGAAGGGGUGCCCUUUGGACUCCUUUGUGGAGCACCAGAUUACAUGUACAGCUGUGUACCUCUGGGACCCCUGGGUCCUUCUCACCUGCCUAUUUUCAUACCCCUUAGCUUUGGGAGCCCCAGGGAGUUGAAACAAGAUGGAGCAGCUGUGAGCUGAUGUUUGACAUGGUAUCUGGGGUGAGACUAUUGCUGACACAUACUUUAUGCCCCCCAAGGAUGCUCAGCCAUUUCUUCCCACCACUAAGUCCUCUCCUCUUCAUCUCCCUCCAGCCCCUGAGAGGGGCUCCCAGUAUUACUGGGCUGGGGCAGGGACCAAGCUGCCCGUUGGUCCGUGACUUCUGGGCAACCAGGCUGCCUGCUCUUCAGCCUCGCAUCCAUUCUAGCACCGACAAGGAGCCUGUGCAGUCAUGUCUAGUCUCUGCCAUGUCCUGAGUCUGUUUCUAGCUGUCUGAGGAGUGAGAGUAGCGUGGAUAACUUGCCCUCUGCAGUUCCUCCCUCCCCUCCCCUCCCCUCCUGACCUUCCAUCAGUGUCACAGGGGAAUGUCUAAGUCAGGGCAGGUGGGACGAGAGCCCCUUCUCACUGUUUGAGUUCUCACCCACUCCAAGGUGUGGGGCCCUCCGCAGGGCCAUAGGCUGCUUAUGUUUUGGGGUUCGACCCCAAUCUGUAUUCUUGUUGCCCAUCCAGAUGCCAAAACUCUGUGCUGCUGCAGGGUUUGAACUUUUGGGAACCAAUUAAAAUGUGCCUUUUGUGGGAGGGGUCAAGAGCCCCUCUCCCUAUUUGGCGUCCCCUCCUGUCCCUCUUGAGCACACCAGGAAUGAAUCUGUCAGGGCUGAGGAAUGGGAAUGGAGGAAGGAGGCAGCACUCUGCUCCCUUCCCCACCCCCAAGAGUUCAUUCCAUUUAAGGGUCUGGCCAAGCUGCUGCUCUUCCCUUGACCUCCCUGCCUUCUUCCCCUCAACUUCUUCCCUGCCUUCAACUCCAACUGGAGAGUCCUGGGAUAAAAGCUACAUUCUGGAAGUGGGAGGUCCCACUCUGCCUUUGGGAGACACCUAUUCUUAGGAAAAGCCUUUGUUACCCUCCCAUCCAGCCACUGAGCUGCUACCCCAACUGUCCCUCCUGCCCUUGGCCUUGCCUGGCUCGGCUGCAGUGCACUUUGAAAUGAGGUGUCAGUCCUUUGGCCUACCCCCCGUUUGCUUGCAGAAAGCACAAGAGGCUUCCCCAGGGAAUUGCAGGCUUCAGACAGCCUGUUUUAGUAAGGGAUGGGGGGAAGGAGGAUGCUUUGGCCCAGUGAGGAAGUGAGCGUUCUCUGGGGUUGCCUUUUCUUUGGAGAGGGCCUGGGGGUCACUUGUAAAGCCUUAGGAGGAGAUAUGCUCUGUGGCGAUGUCUCUCUUCUGCCAGAACGGAGCAGAGGAGCCCCACACAGGGGAGAAAGCCCUUAAGGACCACUCAUCAAAGCGGAGAAAAGUAUCUACAGGUGCCCAGGACUUCAGUCACUUUUUUGGUGGAACCACUGGGGAUUGGAAAAGUGUCUCUACUGGGGUGAGGGGGUCACUCCCCUGCUAGCAAUCCCCUGGACUCUACUCAUCCCCAGCCCUGACUCCAAUUUUCCAGAUAUUUUUGACUAUGGGCCUCCAGCAUGCCCAGGGCAGGGAUGUCCUCAGAAAAAAUUUUGAGUUGAAGCCCAAGGUUCUUGUUUAGCGUUUCUGCUCCUGGCCCCAAGUCGGAAGAGAGCGCACAGAUCUGCUUUGCUGUUUGUCUUCCUAGUUGUAACUCCUGUUUAUAAAGAGCUUGUAGUUCAUGUUUUGAGCACUUUAUGAAGAAUAAAAAGUUCACAUACUGCA